AUGUCACGAAGAAGCAUUACAACCUUAAGCGAAAAACUGGUUGCUGAAAGAUUUGAGGCAUUGGCGGAAAUCAUAGGGAACAUUCAAGAUAAAAAGAGAUUAGCAAUGGCUCAUGAAUGUCUUUCGGUUUUUGAGAAAGCGAUUGGGGAUGUCGCUGCCCCCGAGAAACAGGUAGAGCUUCUCUCAGAACCAACUGUUAUGCAGCCCGGGGCGACAGUAAAACAGACCACUACCACUACCGUCGAGGCCGUCACCGAGACUACUGUCAGUUGCCAAACAGAACCGGGCCAAAUUCUCCUCGAAAGCCUCGAAUUUACCCCGGAACCGGAACCAUAUGAUCCGUUCAUGGAGUUUCAAAUAUCGGAAGUUGAAUUGGAACGAAGACAACUUCUAAAACCUGGUAAUGUCAAUAAGACUUGGAGUCAUCUAUUAUACCAAAACAAGGAGGAAAACCCCCCUACGGUACAUUAUUGCAAGACACUUGAAGAAGCAAAUGAAGCAGCGGCACUCUUCCUAAACGAUAAAUUUAUUGGAUUUGAUAUGGAGUGGGAUCCGUGGGCGAGAGCUACUGAAAAGUCACCAAGAUCUCAAACAUCUUUAAUACAAAUAGCCAACCAGAGUGAUAUCGCCCUAUUUCAUAUUUCACUUUUUGGUAAAAAAAAUCAAUUUAUACCCAAAAAUCUUCACAAGAUCUUAGUCUCUGAGGAUAUAUUAAAAGUCGGUGUUAAUAUUAGUGGCGAUGCUCGAAGAAUAUACAAGUACCUCAACAUCUCUAUGCAAGGGGCUUUCGAACUUAGCGAUUAUAGGAACUUGUUGAAUACACUUGACAGAGGAAGCUUUGCUCCUUCCGCUAAGCAAGGGAAAAGUGAGACUCAGCCAAUGGAAAAGCCCACUGACUACGCAACAAAUACAAUCAAAAUCUCUUUAGAUGCCGCAGCCGAUGCCUAUGCAGGAGUACGGAUAUUCGAUGUUUUCCAAACAAGGAGAAGCAUGCUUAAGCCCUGUCCACCUUUACCAAAAGCCCGUGUGCUGAAUGUAGAAGAGUUUGGGGCAAAGAAGACUCGAAAAGUAUCUAAAACAUCAAUACUUACAGAGAGUAAUGGAGGAAACGAGAAACCCAAGGACAAAUCGAUAUUAGCCCUCACAAAGAAUCUAUCGAAAAUCGAAGGCGGGUUAAACGGACAAAAAAGGCCCGAAGAGGUUGAAGAAGCAGAUAAAUGGGUGGCAAAGUAUAUGGCACAAGAAGGAUCUUUGGUAGCUUCUGGGCCGCAGCUACGAGCUUACGCGAUGUGGCAUGAAGGUGGCUAUGGAGUAGAAGAGAUAUCUAAACUUUGGAGGGACCCACCUCUCAAGUUGCGCACUGUGGCCGACUACAUUUUAGAAGCUAUCCGCCUGGAGAGUCUACCAUAUGAGAAAGAAAAGGUUAAAGAGUUAAUCACGCACGCAGGGCCAACUACUAAUUUCCCCUGGGAGAAGAAAGUUGGGCUUAAAAAGUGGAUGUAG